AUGAGCGGACGGGCCCGAGUGCGGGCGCGAGGCAUCGCCCGCAGCCCGGGUGCCGCGGGAGUGGGGCGCAUGCAGGCGUCGCCGCAGCCCCCGUCUGUUGAUCUUAGUGACAGUGAAGGAUCCUGUAGCCGGGGCCCUGUGGACGCAAACAAGAUUUCACAGCAGCGUAAAGAAACUGUUUCGCCUGGUGACACUGGCAGUACUUUUGUGGAAGGAGGUAUGAAAAUCAGGCAGGACUUCGUGGAUUUGGAUAUCUGUACCAGAGAAAAAUUGGCACACGUGAGAGAUUGUAAAACAGGCUCCAGUGGAAUACCUGUGAAACUGGCCACAAAUCUCUUCCAGUUAGAUCUGCCCCAGGACUGGCAGCUGUACCAGUACCAUGUGACCUACAGUCCAGAUUUAGCAUCGAGAAGGCUGAGAAUUGCUUUGCUUUAUGGUCAUCAUAAGCUUUCCAAUAAAGCAAAAGCGUUUGAUGGUGCCAUCCUUUUUCUCUCACAACAGCUAGAAGAAAAGGUCACAGAACUGUCGAGCGAAACUCAAAGAGGGGAGACAGUAAAGAUAACCAUCACUCUGACGAGGAAGCUGCCGUCAAGUUCCCCUGUGAGCAUUCAGGUCUUCAACAUCAUCUUCAAAAAGAUCUUAAAGAAGUUGUCCAUGUAUCAAAUUGGACGAAACUUCUAUAAGCCUUCGGAGCCACUGAAAAUUCCCCAGCACAAGCUGACGCUGUGGCCUGGGUUUGCUGUGUCUAUAGCGUACUUUGAGAGCAGGCUCCUGUUCAGUGCCGAUGUGAGUUUUAAAGUCCUCCGGAAUGAGACUGUUCUGGAAUUCAUGUCUGACCUCUGCCACAGAGCAGGGGCAUCUGGCUUCACACAGAUGUGUGAGAAACAGCUGAUCGGGCUCAUUGUCCUCACAAGAUACAAUAACAAAACCUACCGUGUUGACGACAUUGACUGGUCAGUGAGGGUCACGCACAGCUUUCAGAAGCGUGACGGCACUGAGAUCACCUAUGUGGACUACUACAAGGAGCAAUAUGAUAUUACUCUAUCUGACCUAAAUCAGCCAGUGCUUGUUAGUCUGCUGAAAAGCAAGAGAAACGACAGUGCUGAGGCCCGAGUGGUCCACCUGAUCCCGGAGCUCUGCUUUCUAACAGGCCUGAGUGACCAGGCAACCUCUGAUUUCCAACUGAUGAAGGCUGUGGCUGAGGAAACGCGGCUCAGUCCUAUGGGUCGGCAGCAGCGCCUGGCCAGACUCGCUGACGACAUCCAGAGAAACAAGGAUGCGCGUUUUGAGUUAGAGACCUGGGGGCUGCAUUUUGGAAGCCAGAUGUCCCUGACCGGCCGAGUUGUACCUCCAGAAAAAAUAUUGCUGCAAGAUCACAUAUGUCAACCCAUGUCUGCUGCUGAUUGGUCCAAGGAUAUACGAACUUGCAAGAUUCUCAGUGCACAGGCUCUGGAGAAAUGGCUGCUUUUGUGUGGUAGCAGGGCGGAAAACGUGACCGAGAGCUUUCUGAGCUGCUUGAGAAGAGUUGGAAGUUCCAUGGGAUUUGGUGUGGGCUACCCCAAAAUCAUAAAAGUACAAGAAAAUCCAGCUGCGUUCCUUAGAGCUAUACAGCAACAUGUUGAUCCUGGUGUUCAGUUGGUAAUGUGCAUUCUGCCUUCAAAUCAGAAGAACUAUUACGACGCCAUUAAAAAAUAUUUGAGCACAGACUGUCCAGUCCCGAGCCAAUGUGUGCUGGCUCGGACCUUGAAUAAACAGGGCAUGAUGAUGAGUAUCGCCACCAAGAUUGCCAUGCAGAUGACCUGCAAACUGGGAGGCGAGCUGUGGGCCGUGGAGAUACCUUUGAAGUCCUUGAUGGUGGUCGGUAUUGAUGUCUGUAAGGAUGCAUUCAGCAAGAAUAUGGCGGUGGUUGGAUUUGUGGCCAGUGUUAACCCUCAAGUCACCAGGUGGUUUUCUCGCUGCAUCCUUCAGAGGACAACAGCUGAUGUUGCAGAUUGCUUGAAAGUUUUCAUGACUGGAGCGCUCAACAAGUGGUACAAGUACAACCACAGUUUGCCAGCGCGGGUGAUUGUGUACCGUGAUGGUGUAGGAGACGGUCAACUAAAAACAGUUAAUGAAUAUGAAGUCCCACAGCUGCUGAGCACUGUGACAGAGUCCCACUCAAAUACCAGCUCCAGGCUGUCAGUGGUUGUGGUCAGGAAGAGGUGCAUGCCGCGGUUCUUCACGGAGAGGAACCACACCCUGCAGAACCCCCCACUCGGCACUGUCGUGGAUUCCGAAGCAACACGUCGUGAAUGGUAUGACUUCUACUUGAUCAGCCAGACAGCCUGUCGAGGAACUGUUAAUCCCACAUACUAUAAUGUCAUCUAUGAUGACAAUGGCCUGAAGCCUGACCACAUGCAGAGACUUACAUUCAAAAUGUGCCACCUCUACUACAAUUGGCAGGGCUUAAUCAGUAUCCCAGCACCAUGCCAGUAUGCCCACAAACUGACCUUCCUGGUGGCACAGAGCAUUCAUAAAGAACCAAGUUUGGAAUUAGCCAACUCUCUCUUCUACCUGUGAGGACGUGAACCAUGGGCAUCAUUUGAUGGGGAAUCCAAGGGAACUGUGUACUUCAUACGAAUCUGCCUUAAACUUAAGGCUGUAACUGUGGAGAGGGACUCAAGCUGUCAAAACAAUUUCAUCUGAAACAGUGCAGAAGAAAUGUGUUUCUUUAGUUUAAAGAGUUGUA